AUGGCUGCCUUGGUUGAUAACCUAUGCAAUGUAGAACAGAAAUCUAUCCCACAAUCAUUACCAGUAACUACUUCAACAACUACAUCUUUAGACGAUGUCAUUCAUCAAUGUGGAGGAUUCGGUCGAUUCCAGUUACGUCAGUAUUGCUUUCUUAGUUUGAUACAAAUUACGGCUGGUCUUGCCGCUUUUUAUUAUGUUUAUGGUGCAGCUGAGCCCGAUCAUCGAUGCCGUCUUGCACCAUCACUAUGGCCAAAUGAUGACACAUAUACUCCUAUCAAUCGAACACAUGCUUUUUUUCUUCAACUUUACAUUCCAGCGAAGGAGGGAAAAUGGGAUCAAUGUAACUUAUUCGACUCUUUGAAUAUGAAUAAGUCUCUUAUUGAAUGCCCGAAUGGAUUGGUUUUUGAUCGAACUAUUUAUGGUUUCACAUUUACAGAAGCAAUCGGUCUAGUAUGUCGAAAUAAGUUUGAACGUUAUAAAAGAUCUUAUUACUUUCAAAUAUCUCAUUCUAAUACUGAUAUUUCAUAUAGGUUUGGUAUUCUACUGAUAAAUCAAUUUACGGCAGGUCUAACGCAUCUAACAUCUACCAUAGCUUUUGUCACAAUGAUCGAACUAACGAGUUCAAAACAUCGUAGUUUUAUUGGUAAUCUUGCAUUUUUAUCGUUCGUCUUUGGUGAAAUACUAAUCACAUUAUUUGCCUAUAUUGUUCGAAACUGGCAAAAUCUCUUGUGGGCAAAUACGAUUUUCAUUGGAAUAGCAUUACUUUCGACUUUUUUCACUGAUGAAUCACCAUUAUAUCUAUACUCAAAAAACCAGUAUACUCGACUUGAAAAAACUUUACGCCGAAUGGCUAAGAUAAAUGGUCGACAAGAUAUCGAUUGGUAUCCUGCAUUUCAGGAAUUAUUAAAUACACAAUUGUUUCCGAUAGUCAUCAAGAAACAGUUAACAUUUACACAAAAGGCCAAACAAUUGAUAUCGCACCCAACAACGAUAAAACGUAUUCUGAUUACUGGAUUCAUUGCUUUUACAGAAACGUUACUAUAUUAUAAAAUAUCAUAUGGACUCGCCACGAUGAAAAUUUCUCCUUAUAUUGGUAUUUUAAUUGGAGCAAUUGUAGAAGCACUUGGCUAUAUUACUGCCACUGUGUUCAUGUCAACGCGAUUCGGUCGUAAAUAUUCAUUUAUCCUCUUUACAGGUUCAACAAGCGUAUGCAUUCUCAUUAUUCCAUUGAUAAUUAAGCAUAGUACUCUGGCUACAGUUAUUAUGUCACAAAUGGGCAAGUUUGUUGUAUCGGCAGCGAACUCUAUCACUUGGAUCUAUAUAGCAGAACUAUUUCCAACAUCGAUCCGCAGUAGCACGAAUGGCUUGGCUGUUGCCGUCAGUCGUCUAGGUGCGAUAACAAGUCCUAUCAUUGAUGCAUCGAUUCACAAACAGUACUUACCCGUCACAUUCUAUGUCUGUGCGGCCUUAGCACUCAUAUCAGCUCUGUUGAGCUUAACCUUGCCCGAAACGAAGGAUAAACCAUUGGAUGAUAUAAUGGAAUUUACAAACGAUACACAUGUUUAG